UUACCCAGCAGGCUUCACGCAUUUCACAACGAGGCUGCGAGGUCACUACCUGGGCUCUCUUUGGGGAGUUUGUCUGGUUUAUCGGUUAGUUUUGAACAAAUGCCCCCUUUUAAAUCACAAAAGCUCGUUUUAAUAGUCGGAAAUGUUUGUUUUUAUUGACAGUAAGUUGCCAAUGCGUAAACAACGCACGCGUCCCGCCGCCUGUAGCCGUCGCUGUUUGGAGUUGCAUGUUGAAUGUUUAAGCUACAUGCAGCUUUUUUUAAAGCUUUUAAAACAAAUAUACAAAAGUAUUGGGAAGAAGCCUCCGUGCCCAUCUUUUCCUCCGUGGCCACAACAUGACAAGUGCAGCGGGCUGGAGCUGCUCAUGGGUCAGACAUCCAACUGUCCAGUCCCUUGUGACCAGCUUGAUGUCACCUCAUUAUAAAGGAGUUCUCUAAGGUUUGAUUGCUUGUAAUAGCAACUGAAGAAAAUGACAGUGUCACUGUAGGAAUGAAGUCUCAGUGCCUAUGAAGUACGGUAGCUGCUGCAGUGUGGCCUGACACUGACCAAACUGCUGAGCUCCAUCAGCUCAGUUCAUGGAGGGAGGACAGGUUAUAAUGCAACCUGUAGAGAGAGUGUCCUGGCAUUUCUGCAGCACUCCACCGUGAGCCGGUGCAUGUGAUGCAUCCUUUGGGUUUAUGUAAUAAUAACGAUGAGGAGGACCUAUAUGAGUACGGCUGGGUUGGAGUGGUGAAGCUGGAACAACCUGAGCUGGAUCCCAGUUGUCUCACCGUGCUGGGAAAGGCGAAGAGAGCAGUGCAGCGGGGAGCCACAGCCGUCAUCUUCGACGUGUCCGAGAACCCCGAUGCCAUCGACCAGCUCAACCAGAUCGCUGAGGAUCCUCUGAAGAGGCCGGUGGUUUACGUGAAGGGCAGCGACGCUGUCAAGCUGAUGAACAUUGUCAACAAGCAGAAAGUGGCUCGUGCUCGGAUUCAACACAGACCACCGAGGCAGCCCAUGGAAUAUUUUGACAUGGGCAUCUUCCUGGCGUUCUUCGUGGUUGUGUCACUCGUGUGCCUCAUUCUGCUCAUCAAGAUCAAACUCAAGCAAAGAAGAAGCCAGAGCUCGAUGAACAGAAUGGCCAUCCAGGCUCUGGAAAAGAUGGAGACACGGAAGUUCAAGGCCAAAGGAAAGGGCCAGCGUGAGAGCAGCUGUGGAGCCUCGGAUUCUCUGAGCAGCAGCUCCACCUCUGACUGUGCCAUCUGUCUGGAGAAGUACAUUGAUGGGGAGGAGCUGCGGGUUAUUCCCUGUGCUCACAGAUUUCAUAAAAAGUGUGUCGACCCCUGGCUGCUCCAGCAUCACACCUGUCCCCACUGUAGACACAACAUCAUUGAGCAAAAGAAGGGAAAUCCCGGACCAGCAUGCAUGGACCCUGGCAACCCAGUGCACAGCCGACAGCGGGUGGUGCUGCCAGUCCAUUAUCCUGGCAGAGUGCACCGAGCUGGCCAGGUGACUGCCUACCCAACCAGAACCAGCAUGGACCCCCAUGGCAACCCCAUCACCAUGCUCACUGUGGACCAGCACCCAGAUCCCCAAGGUCUAUACCCACCCCAGUCAACGUCUGCCUUUCUUCGGAGCUACCACCCCGCCCUCCAUCUGGACCACUCACUCAACCCUCACCACUGUGGAUUAGAGCACCGCGGGCCUCCCGCCUACCCGGCACAGCCACAUCAUGCCGCCUUUAAACGACCCAAGUUCCAUGGUCGAAACUUCUCCCGUGCAGCUUGCUUUUCACAAUAUGAGACUAUGUACCAGCACUACUAUUUUCAGGGGUUGACUUUCCCGCAGCAGCCUGAGGGUGGCCAAGGGCCUCCAGUGGCAGGGCAUCUUGGUGCAGGAGGGGUCCAUAAGGGCCACCACAGCAGGGCCUUUCAACAGGGGCUGUUAUACCCCACAGUGGUACACAUGGCACCUGCCUCUUCUUCAAGGAUAGGCGAUAAUGGCAGCAUUUCUGGCCUGAGCUGUUACCAUGGCCACCGUUCAGUCUGCAGUGGUUACCUUGCUGACUGCCCUGGUAGUGACAGCAGCAGCAGCAGCUCAGGCCAGUGCCACUGUUCCUCCAGCGAUUCCAUGUUGGACUGUACUGAGGUCAGCAACCAGGGGGUGUACGGGAGCUGCUCUACCUUUCGCAGCUCGCUGAGCAGUGAUUACGAUCCUUUCGUCUACCGAAGUAAGAGUCCGUGUAGGGGCUCUGCAGGGGAAGCAGGAGCUGCAGCUUGCAUGGUUCCUGCCGAGGACUCAUCAUCCCUUGCUCCUUUGGGACAUGACUGCCUCCAGCUCCCUCCUGGAGCUUCGGGAUAUAACUCGGGGGACCAUCUCUCCAACUGCAGUUUGGAGCCCAACCACAGCAGUCGCUCAUCACUGGAACCCAGGGAUAACAGCAACACUAGCACUACCUCAGCUGGGGCUCCAGAGGCUACUGGAACAGACAAGAGCAAAAGAGCGCAGGAGGAGUCAGGGGAGCUUGGAGCUACAGCCUGUAGCUGCUGCUUUGAGGUGCUUCCUCCCAAUGUGGAGUGCAAAGCCCAGGACUCGGACCAAGCUGGGCCUCUGGCCUCUGGACGCUGUUACAUGGGAGUGGACUUUCAGAGCUCCGCCACCAAGAACUAUUUUACUUCAGAGCACAUGUGCCCUUCCUCGGAGCAGGUGGGCUAUGAAGGGCUGCCUUGCUGCUUCUACAAAGAGAUGAAGGUCCACAGGGCCACAGCAGGGCGCUACACUGAGGACUAUGCUGUUAAUGUGCAGUAUGCACAUGCAGAAUCAGAGGCCUGCUCUGGACAGGGCUGCUGUGAACUCAACCAGCGAAUACCCAUAAUUCCUGAGGACACAGAUUGUGAAUUAGGCACAGCGGCAGAGACCCAGGGUAAUUUACUGCCCAUGAGUGUCACAGUGGAGGCAGAGGUGUGGACAGGGGAGCGACAUGAGCCCAGGGAGGGGUACUUCACCUCAGGACAAUUUAGAGGUCAGUCAUACCCUCAGGAGGAGGAGGCCAGAGCUUUGUUCCACCCUCAGCUCACUGCAAGCGCCGUUGCACUGGGAAGCAAUACUUCGACAAAUGAGGGAGGUCUGGGUAUAUGAAUGUAAGCCCAGAGCGAAGAGACUCAGUCAAAAGCAUGUAUUUGGUACCAUAACAGUCAGUCAUUGGGUAAAUCUCAAUUCCCUUACUUGCUUCUUAGUCUCGCCCAUGUAAAAUGCGUGGAAAAGAUCCAAGAAUAAAAUGCAAGGAGAGAGGAAUCAAGGAAAUGAGUUUUCAUAGACAUAAGACUUUACUCUGAUUCUUCAUCUGGCGUGUCCAAUCACCAACUGAUUUCUGAUAAAGGGAUGUGUUGGUCCUUAAAGACUUGUGUGAGGUAUGGUCUCUUGGAUCUUUGCUCGUGGUUCCUCCAGGCGGUCUCCUUAAGCCUGAUUUAUACUUCUGCAAAUGUUAACGUUCCAACUUUGCUCAAACAGCAAAGUGCAGAAAAAAUAGAAGUCGGGAAAUGGAAAUGGCAGAGAUUUUGAGCCAGGUUUAAGCGCUGUUAUAAUUUGUCUUAGGACUGGUAUUAUGCCACUUUAUUAUGGGUUAUUCCUUUCAGGUGAGAAAGUAACCAUUUAGAUUGAGAAUAGAUGGCCAGUCUAGCCAAGUAUUGCCAGUUUAGAAAUUUGCAUCAACAUUUUUGGAGAUGCGAGUGCCCGCUAGCGGACCAAUUAGCAGGCAGCUACGUCUCGGUCGGAGCAGAGUCAGAUCUACCAAUCGGCACGCAGGGCGAGCAGUUCCACACAACAUGUAGUUGAGAUUUGGGAAGUGUGCGCGUCGACCUAUCUGCAUCCAUCAGCGGCCUACAUUUACCCAUAAACUCCUUCGCUGUAUAGGUACACAUUGACGCCUACAAGUAGUCGCAGACGGUUAUAAAUUAACAAUUAGUCCUCGAUCAUCACUCCUCAGGAUAAGAGCUUUUGUCAUCCUUCAAGAUGGCAGACCGGGAUGACCCCCAGGUUGGUUGAGGAUUGACGAGUGAGGAAAGAGCUAAUGAAGGAAUUGGGAUUUACCCAUGGAAACCCUCAGUUGCCUUGUUCUAACCUUGCUCUCUGAGCACUGAAUGUUAACACCUUAGAUUGUUCUACUGAAAUGACCUGCCGCUUCUAGAUGUACGUUGUAUCAAGUUCCUUCCUGUGGCCACAAACGUCUCAGCGUCAAACUGUUACGAUAGCACUGAGACAAAGUGAUACUAAAAAUAUGAACGGGGGAUUUUAACUAGAAGUAGGUUGGUACUGGCACCUACACGCACCAGCCACUUUAUUAGGUGCACCUGUACAAUUGUACGCAAUUCAAUGCAACAC